AUGGUUUUGAAACGGUCCUUUUCGACACGGCUGCGGUCGAAGUUUGCCAAAUUGAAGAAAAGUCCAGAUGAUCCCUCCAAUCCUUCAAAUGAUCCCCUCGAUCUUUGCCCCAGAGUGACAACGUUCGCCACCAAAUUAAACAGUGACCAAAAUUCGCCAUCACGCAUCCAAACAGUGUCCGAUCCUCAACGUUCACCAGUGUCGAAGGACGUGGUAUUGCUGCCGUACGACCCUGAGGAUCAAAACUCGCUACCUUGCAGUACUGAACAACUUACUCCAAUAAUGCCCCGCUCAAGUUCCGAGUUGCUUUUAUUCCCCCUUCAGUCAUCACCUCUAAAGCCUUCGGGGCAAAGACCAGCCGAUCAGAAUAUGGAAACUCUGAAUUCCGCCAAUACCGCUACGGUAUCCAUGUUAUCUCCUACUAUAGAUUUAUUCGAUUCGGCUAUCUCAAAAACCGAAUCCAACUGCUCCCUACCUAUAACAGAGCCUUCACCCUCUCCACAUAUAAACAAUGAUAAGUCCAUCUUUGCAAAGGCAAACCAGAUUGAUCAUUUUGACAAAACCCUCGACAUGACUGAAAAUGACAAACUGGCUGAACAAAUGGCCCUAAAUAUCUUGGACAAGAUCUCAGAGGAGCAGGUUGAUGAACUUGCUUUGUUAAAGGAUGAAGUGAUUCGUCCGGUUCUUUCUCCAUCAAUUAGGUGA